AUGGCCCACGCUAAGAGAAAGACAAGAAAGCUUAGGGGUCACGUGUCCCAUGGACACGGUCGUAUUGGCAAGCAUAGAAAGCAUCCCGGAGGUCGUGGUAAUGCUGGUGGUCAACAUCACCACAGAAUCAACCGUGACAAGUACCAUCCUGGUUACUUCGGAAAGGUCGGUAUGAGAGUUUUCCAUCUCAACAAGAACCACCACUACUGCCCAGUUGUCAACGUCGACAAGCUCUGGUCUCUUGUACCAGAAGAGCACAAGGAGAAGGCUUCCGCCGAUAAGGCUCCAGUCAUCAACUGCGUACAGGCCGGUUAUUUCAAGGUCCUCGGAAAGGGAAAUUUACCGAAAACACCACUGAUUGUUAAGGCCAAGUACUUCUCUCACGAAGCCGAAAACAAAAUCAAGGCUGCCGGAGGAGCUUGUAUCUUGGUGGCAUAA